AUGACAUAUGCAACUCGGCAAAAAGAAAAGGAGGAGGAACAGACCAGACGACGCGCGACAAGGAGGUUGUCUCUUCAGACCGAUCGGGAGCGUGGUGGCGGAUCUAAAGCUACUAAUGCGUCCGCCGCGACUGGCAUUCAACAGAAAAAAGUGGCGGGAAAAAAGGCCGCGCAAGGACAGGAGAAGUCUGGGAAGAAGGCGGAAGACAAGGGGAAGCAACCAACGCCACGCAAGCGUGUUUCUACCGUGAAAAAAGAUGCGGAUGUUGCCUCUGGUGGAACCGAGCCCAGUCCGACUAACGACGGCACCAUCGGCGGCAAAGAAGAUCCGGGGCGAGGGAGCGUGAUUCUUGCAGUCCCGUUGGCGAAGAGGGAGGGCUCGGCGACAGGGGGAAACCACGGCGACGCUCCCCGCGCCAAGCAUGCCGCAACCCAGGAGUCCAAGGCGGAGGCAUACCAACACGGACUGACACUGCUCCAGCCGACCGUGGUCGAUAUUUCUGCUGCCGUGGUGGAUAAGGCCAAGGCGGGGGAGCACGAUUCGAUGGAGGAUCUCCAACACAGCAUCGCGGACGUAGGUGGCUCUCCUCCUUCUGGUGGACGUGGGAGGCGUAGGCAGAGGAAGAGCGAUGGGGAGGAAGAGUAUGACACCGCCGUGCCCGGGGACAUCAAUACGCGGGAAGCAAGCGGCAAGGCGACGGGUCAUGCAUUGCGCAAGAAGGGCCGACCCGCAGCGAGGAGAACAUCCGGUGGAAUGAGGGGCAAGAAAGCGGGGGAUGCGGGGGAUGAGGAGGAGGAGGAAGAGGAGGAGGAGGAGGAGGAAGAGGAGGAGGAGGAGGACGACGAGGAGGGGGGCGACGAGGAUGAGGAGGAGGCGGAGGAGGAGGAGGAGGAGGAGGAGGAGGAGGAGGAGGAGGAGGAGGAGGAGGAGGAGGAGGAGGAGGAGGAGGAGGAGGAGGAGGGACGACGAGGAUGA